UCAUCAAUCAAACAUUCUAGCAUCUCGGAUAUUAUUGAGCAAGAUGAAACUGCUGGUGAUUACACUCGUUGUCUUUGCGGCCGUUGCUCUGGCAGAGCCUCAACGUUGGCACCGUCCUGGUCCCUGGUGGGGACUUGGGCCAGUAGUUCCCGGAAGAAGGCCUUUUCCGAUCAACUGGGACCAGUCUCCUCAGCAGCAACAGCAACAGCAGCAGCAACAACCCGUCAACAUUACGCAAAUAAUUCGUGAUAUUUGGAGAGAUAUUGCCCAGGAGAUUCGUUCUGCUAUUGAGACCGCUAGGAAUUCUACUGCUUCAAACUCCUCCUCGAAUGCUCAAGCUAGCAAUAACUCGGAGACGAUCAACUGAAAGCCUCGUUUGGAUUCUGGAUCUGAGUAUCCUUUAUUUGGUUUGUCAUUCUAACCAUAAAUAGAGAAAAUGAAACAUCCAUAAAAAAUAACGAGAGUGUAAAUUAAUUAAUUUUCUUUAGUUCAUUUCAUGAUUGAUGCUUCAAAAUCUUUCUCGACAUAAAUAUAAAAGAUUGAGAUAGCG